GGCCGGGCCAGAAAAAUGUAAGCUGCAAAGCGCAAUGUAUUUUUGGAUACUCUUAUUGCUGGCCUCGUCCUGCGUGGGACUCCCGACUGAGCUGGAUUUGGACUACGGUGUGGCAGAGCCGCUGCGUACUGCCCUCCUCCAGAACAGCCUGAUGGUGCAAUUCGCUCAGCACCACAAGCGCAUCCCCCGGCUAACCUACUUCACGUGCCGGAAGCCUCAUUCCUCCGGAUCAGAACUUCGCGGCGUUUUCGCAGCCAAGAAUGCUCAGCUGAUUAAGAGCCUCUACCAGAGUGAGCUCUUUGUGCGGAUUGUGCAGCUGGAUGUCCUGGCACCCAAUCCGGCAGCAGGAACAGGAGGAGGUGCUACACGUGGUCGGGGGCCGAGCGGUGGCUUCAGCCAAACCCCCAGCCAGGCGCAGAGCAAUGCCGAGUGGCUGGACGGUGUGCUGCGGAUGGAAGCCCUCAGGCAAAUUGCGGUCGUGGAUCUGGCAUGUGGCUCCCUUAGUCGCCGGUUUCUCGAGUUGGCUUCCACCAAGAUGCUCUACAGCGAGAAGUUUCACUGGCUAUUGAUAGAGGAUUUGGCCUGGCAAGGAGGCAGGUCUUCUUCAUCUUCUGGGCAGGUUCACAAGAACGGGAGUCAGGCGGAGGGAGAGGAGAGUCCUCCAGGACAGCAACUGCAGGCGACGGGCAAUGAAGAGCUGCCCACCAUCGAGAGUUUUAUGAGGGGCAUGAACCUGUAUAUGAACACCGAACUGACGCUGGCCAAGCGGAUGUCAGAGGCAGCCCAUUACACUCUGUUCGAUGUCUGGAAUCCCGGACUCAACUACGGCGGACACGUCAAUCUGACCGAAAUUGGCAGCUUCACGCCGUCAGGAGGAAUCCAGCUGCACGCCUGGUUUCGAGGCACGUCCACGGUGCGUCGUCGAAUGGACAUGCAACAUGCGAGAGUCCGCUGCAUGGUUGUGGUGACGAACAAAAACAUGACGGGCACUCUGAUGUACUACCUCACCCACACAGUGUCCGGACACAUCGACACGAUGAACCGCUUCAACUUCAAUCUUCUGAUGGCCGUCCGGGACAUGUUCAACUGGACCUUCGUCCUGUCGCGGACUACGUCCUGGGGGUAUGUCAAAAACGGCAGAUUUGACGGGAUGAUUGGCGCCCUCAUUCGCAACGAGACGGAUAUUGGCGGAGCACCGAUAUUCUAUUGGCUGGAGCGGCACAAAUGGAUCGAUGUGGCUGGACGGAGCUGGUCGAGUCGUCCUUGCUUUAUUUUCCGUCAUCCAAGGAGUACCCAAAAGGAUCGUAUCGUGUUUCUGCAACCUUUCACCAACGAUGUCUGGGUUCUGAUUGUGGGCUGCGGUGUUUUGACAGUUUUUAUUCUAUGGCUACUGACCACGAUUGAGUGGAAAUUGGUGCCACACGAUGGGGCGGCGCUGAUCAAGCCGAAGGGAGGUGCCCCACCACGUCACCACUACCAACAAAAGAGUCACCAUGAGCUGGCCCAGAACCAGGAACCCCUGAAUGCCACACUGGAUGCCACUCUACGUCCAAUUACGGCAGUCUCUGUGGCUGUUAAUGAGGAGAAGCUACCAGAGGGGGAGACACAACCCAUCGAUGCAGAAACCCUAUGGCAGCGCUGCUACCAAAAGCUCAACAAAUACCUCAAGGAACGAAAGGCCAAGCAAAAGAAGUCCCCGGAACGGGUGGGACUAUUUCUGGAGUCUGUACUGUUUUUUGUGGGAAUCAUCUGCCAACAAGGAUUGGGUUUCUCCACAAGCUUUGUGUCAGGUCGUUGCAUUGUAAUUACCAGCUUGCUUUUCUCUUUUUGCAUCUAUCAGUUCUAUUCGGCCAGUAUUGUGGGCACUCUCCUGAUGGAAAAGCCAAAAACGAUAAAAACCUUAAGCGACUUGGUUCAUAGCUCCCUGAAAGUGGGCAUGGAGGAUAUACUCUACAAUAGGGACUACUUUUUGCAUACUAAAGACCCCGUUUCCAUGGAACUGUAUUCUAAGAAAAUCACCAGUGUCCCCACCACCAAGGAAAAUGAGGCCGACGAAGAUGAGCCUGUGAAUGCAGCUGCCACUCCUGCUGAUGCUGCCAAGUCCUAUCGCGAUAUUGUUCACAGCCAUGAGACAGGGGCCCAUGCCAAGGAUAGUUCAGUCAGCAAUUGGUUAGAUCCGGAAACCGGCUUACGUAGAGUUAAACAUGAACGCUUUGCCUUUCAUGUGGAUGUAGCAGCUGCUUAUAAAAUUAUUGCCGAAACCUUUAGUGAACAGGACAUUUGCGAUCUCACCGAGGUCAGCAUGUUUCCGCCUCAGAAAACCGUCAGCAUUAUGCAGAAGAAUUCACCAAUGAGGAAGGUCAUCUCUUACGGUUUAAGGCGUGUCACUGAAACGGGCAUCCUGACUUAUCAUUUUAAUGUUUGGCACUCGAGGAAACCUCCUUGCGUAAAGAAAAUCGAGACCUCAGACUUGCAUGUUGAUAUGGAUACUGUGAGUUCCGCUUUGUUGAUACUGCUUUUUAGCUAUGGCAUCACUUUCAUGAUUCUGGGCAUUGAGAUUCUCUACUGUAAGUGGCAGGGUCGCAUCAUAAUCAACUUCAAAUAA